GUUUGUAUGGCGAUUUGAAUCCGAAUUGAAUCAGGAUUUAGGUCUAUAUAUACCUGGAUCGAAUUGAAUCCGGAUUUGUCGAUCCGAUCCGACUCGGGGAGCUGAAUCGAAUCGAAAAUAUGCAUAUAUACCUAACGAAUUGAAUGCUCGAGAUAUAAUUUAUGGUGGAAAUCGUGUGUGAUCUUCUUAUUUGCAAAUUCACUGUAUGUAUGUAUUAUGAUAUCUAGUUUUACUUGCACGUUGUUUUUGGUUAGAUUUUUCUAUUUUACUGUAAAUAUAUUUAAAAGAAAAAUUGUGUUUUCGAUUCUAUUUCAAUUCGAUUCCUCGAUCUGGUAUAGUCAUAUACCUGGAUCGAAAUUUCAAUUAAGAUUCAAUUCGAUCUUUAAAUCGGUCAUACAAACGGGGUAACAAAUAAAGUUAGGUAGAUUGAACAAAAAAACAUAAACAAACCUUUUUUUUAUAAUGUAUGAGAGUUGGUGUAGGUUAUGUAUCUUGUUCUUUUUUCUGUGCGGAUUUUGGUGUGUAAAAGAAAGAAAGGGGUGUAAAUGUCGCGUUUUUUUUUUGUGAAUGUUAGAUGUCCUGUAUGGAAAUGGAAAAUAGAUACUUUUUCUUGUGUGUUGAGAUGUGAGAUUUGUGUGGGCAGUUGUAGGCAAGUGUAUGCGCACAUGCAUUAGUUUCUCUGUUUUCUGUUUUCUUUUUUGUCUUUUGUUGUAUUUCGCGCCUCUUUCAAGAAUUCAAGUAAUUUGCAGAUCGGAAUGUGAAUACUGUACGAUCAAGUCCUGCGAUUUAGUUAGUUCUUCUGAUAGUUAAAAGAUUUUUCAAAACUAAAUACAUAUCUUUUUUUACCUUAGCCUUUUUUUACUUGAUUUAAUUAAUUUAUUUAUUUUUUUUUAUUUACAACCUAAUUCAUUUUUUUUCAUAACAUAUAUCUUUUUUUUUUUUAAUAUAUAAAAAAUGGCAUCUUGGAAUAGAACAAAGUGCGCAAGCGCAAUUAUUCUGUGGAGCGAAAAAAAAACUGAAUGCCCAGAUGCCAGAUGUAAGAUUAUUUGAUUUCCCAAAAAAGAUACUACCUAUAAAGUAUACGCAAUGGCUAGCGUUAGUUAGAUAAUUUUUUUUUCAUGUUCUAUUCUUCUAAAUUGAGUGUUUUCUUUGUACAUCUAUAUUCCUACAACCUACAUUCAUACCCUUGUAUUAGUAUUUGUACUGUUUCUUACUUCUAUAAUUUUUUUUUUUUAAAUUUAAACCAGUAAUAUUUCAUAACUAUGUCAUCGAGUCAGGGAGAGAUGAUGAUGUGUUCAGGCACCUGAACACAUCUUUCAUAAUAAUCGUCUAAAUUUAUUAAAAAAAAAUAUUCCCGUCUCUUUCCUUUAGAAAGAGAACGUGGAGUACAAAAAAAAGUCAUUCUUUGCUUUAUCAUUCUUCCAUUUUCCAUUUGCGAUUUGAAUUUGUUGCUGUUAAGAUUAAAUUCCAAAUUAAAUAAUAUUAGGUAAAUCUACACCAAUUUUGUUGUAAAAUUUUUAUAUUUGGAUUUUGGAAUCAACAUUAUAGCGCAGCAACAUUAUUUUAUUUAAUUUGAUUGCAAAUUUGUCGUGUUCCCUGCUUUGAUAUGGCUGACAAGAAUUUGCACAGUUGUGCUUUAAAAGGUUGUCUUCUCCCGGAUGAUGACCAAAUGGUGUCUUGCGAUAAAUGCAAGCGUUGGUGGCAUUUUAUUUGUCACGGAUUCGAUCCUGACAAGUUCGACACAAUUACACCAUGGUUUUGUGAGGAGGAAGACUGCGUUUUUCGAGAGGAUGAUAUCGAAUCACGUGAUCAAACCGGUCAUCGAGGUUCUUUGUCUAUAGCUGACGCUGCCGAUUCCAACCAUGUCUCAAAGUUAUCCAUGAGUGUAAUAACUGAAGAGUUUGGAGAUCUAUAGAUUCCAAUAAAAACGAAUGGGAUGUGAUGGAACCAAAUCUUUACUGCGAUUAUCCACAUACAAUAGUCAAUACUAAAGCCUCACGAGCAUGCGCUGCACAUCGGUUGGUUUCACACUCGCUUGUCCCAGGCUGUUGCUGAUCGUGACAAAGAGUUGUUGGAGUUGCGUGCUGAGCUUGCUGAAGCAAAAAAGUUGCUCGAAGUUUCGAAGGUUAAGGAACAAUUCCCUUCCGUCUCUGAACCAGCUGUAACAGCAACUAAAUUAUCAAAGCUUCAAAUUAUUAAGCAAAUACAAGCUAAUCAUCAAGCGUUGUUGAACAGUUCUAUAGCAAAGUCUAAGGAGAUUCCAAGCCAAAAACAAGUCGCAUCAACUCCAAACCACUCCACGCCUCAUCAACACGAACGCUCAUUUGAACCAUCUUUUCGAGACCAAGAUAUGGCAUCCGCACUUUUGAAUCGUAGUAAUGUUCAGGAGCUGCCCAGUUUUUCGGGUGAGAACAAAAGAGAGUGGCCCUACUUCAAAGAAGUAUUUAAGUCCACGACUAUUGAAGGUCGUUAUUCAUCAAAAGAGAACGUGGCUCGUUUACGCAAGGCGUUAAAGGGUGAAGCAUAUCAGCUUGUAAGUGAUCGUCUCAAAUAUUCAGCUGAUGCUGACGCCAUUAUGGAUUCUCUAAGGACAAUGUUUGGUCGCUAUGAUGUGCUGGUGCACGACCUCACCACAGAUUUAUUAAAUUUACCCAAGUUAUCAUCAAGGGCAGAUCCCAAUUUGCGUGUUUGGGCGGUGAAAUUGAACGGGUUUGUUGCCGAUAUUAAGUCCAUGAAUAGAGAAGGGGAUCUCAGGAACGGAUAUGUUCUGACCAAUCUUGCUUCGAGGUUAGGUCCGGAACUCUACCAAGAAUGGCAGAGCACAAAAUCAAUAUCAACAUCUGAUGUGACUUUUGAGCAUUUUGCAGAGUUUUUGACCGGAAAGCUUAUUGAUUUACCGCCCGAACUUGCGAAAACGUCUGGAUUCACUGCCCAGAAAAAAUCACAAUCAGCUAGUACAUCGAAAUCUUCUCGAGUUUUAGUUCACUCGUCUGCGUCAUCCGGUUUGUGUUGCAAGUGCCAGAAACAUCAUACCUUGAUGAAGUGUGAAGAGUUUUUGGCUUUUUCCCCGAUUCAAAGGCAGGCGUUUGUUAAGGAGCAUCACGUUUGUUUUUCAUGCUUGGAUCCCGCUAAGCAUUUUUGGAAAGUUUCCUCCAAGAAGAGAAGUUGUGGCGUCAAUGGCUGCAACAGACGUCAUCAUCCGCUACUGCAUUUAUCGGAAGACGAAAACAACAACGUAUUAAAUUCUGCUGCUGCGCCAUUCGUGCCUCAACCGCACAUCCACUCUUCUCAUGUCAGUGCUGAUGUGAAUAUAAUGUUUAAAAUCGUUCCAAUACGCAUCUAUGGUAAGGAUGAUUUGUUCGUGGACACCUAUGCAUUCUUGGGUGAUGGGUCGUCGCUGUCGAUGGUGGAAGAAGAACUUUUUAACGAGCUCGGAUUGGAUGGUCAUCCAGAACAACUCACCUUACAGUGGACCAAAGGUGUAUCUCGGCUUGAAGAUUCACAUCGAACUUCUUUAGCUGUGUCCGCAGUCAAUGGUCGUAAAAGGUACGUUUUGAAAAAUGUGUACACAACCAAACAUUUAGGUCUCGCUAGUCAAUCCACCGAUAUGUCGAAGCUUUACAGAAGGCGUUCCCUCACCUACGUGGUCUCCCACUUAGUAGUCUGUUUAACGCUGAGCCAAAAAUAUUACUUGGUUUGGACCAGGCCAAAUUUUUAAUUGGACAUGGCCAACGUUAUGGGAAGGACGAGGAACCUCACGCUUUGAAAACGCUCCUGGGAUGGAUUGUCUACGGGAAAUUGGCUCCUUCGAUGCAGGUGUCAAGUGUGCAUCAGACUGCGAAACCUACAAUGCAAUUAAUGUUUCAUGACGCUAUAAGAGAAGAACCUGAAUUACACGAUUUAGUCCGUCGUCACUUUACUACCGAAGACUUUGGCGUAAUGCCUCCUAAGGGUGAAGUACUAAGUCGAGAAACCAGUCGAUCCCUAGAGAUAAUGGAAAGAUCUCUUAAACUGGUUGAUAGGCAGUACGAGGUCGGUCUUUUAUGGGAUUCGGAUGACGUGAAACUGCCAGAUAGUUACUUCAUGGCCUACAAGCGUUUAAUUGGUUUAGAGAAAUCCCUCAAGAAGAAGCCUGAUUUGCUCGAAUGGCAAAAUAACCAUUUACGAGAGCUGAUUUCCAAAGGGUAUGCAAGAGUUGCUUCCAGGGAGGAUUUAGAACGGGAUUGGCCGCGCGUUUGGUACGCACCUACUUUUAUUAUCAUCAAUCCAAACAAGUCUCCUCUGAAGCCCAGAUGCGUUGCAGACGUGGCUGCGAAAGUCAGCGGAAUUUCGCUGAAUAGUCAUUUGAUGAAAGGUCCAGACAACUUAGUUCCAUUACAUGCAGGCAUCUUCAAAUUCCGAGAACGUCGAAUAGCUGUAAACGGAGACGUACCCGAGAUGUUCCACAGAAUCCGUAUCAAGACCGAAGAUCAGCAAUGUCAAAGGAUCUUGUGGAGAGAUGGAGACAGCACUAGGGAACCAACAAUUUACAUCAUGCAGGUGAUGAUGUUUGGCCCCAGAUGUUCUCCAUCAUGCGCCCAAUACGUCAAAAAUCAUCAUGCCAAUCUUUAUAAAGACGAGUUUCCAGCGGCCGUUGAUGGGUUAACUAAACGAACCUAUGUGGACGACUAUUUCAAUAGCCACAAUACGGUCGAAGAGGCUAUUUCCGUCACGAGCGAUGCUAUUCGAAUCUGUCACUCGAUGAAUUUUGAUCUUGUUGGGUUACAAUAGGGUGUCCAUUUGGGACCUUACUAAAAAGAGAACAUUUUACAUUCGAACCUUUAAAAAAAGAGGACUUAGAAGAAAAAAAGGGAACAAAAAGAACGUAACGUAAGCAGUACAAAUUUAUUUUUCCUAAACAGUUACUUAAAAGUAGUGGAUCUAGGACACAGGAUUAUACUCAUCAAACAGGAUUCACGUUAAUAAAGAUCGAAAAUUUGUUUUUUUUUUUUUCAAAGAAGAACGCCUCCAUAUUCUCAGUUAAUGUAAAUCCUUUUGAAUGGAUGCUUAACUUCUCUAGAGAAGUAAACUUUGGAAUAACUUCACAAGUCUCUUUUUUGGAAUAUUUGGUUUUUAAAAAAACUUAACAUAAACCCAAACCUCGCCUCCACGUGAUAUCUAUUCGUGAGUGGAGUCGAGGAGGGUACUAAUUAGAGUAUAUAUUUGCAUAAAUAUAUUCUAAGUUGAAAUUUUAAAAUAUGUAGAUCGAAAACGAAAAACAGAACAUCUCUUUUAAAUUUAAAUGCGAUGAACACUUUACCUUUACUGUGAGUGGGCAGAGUUGAAACAAAUUUUAAGGUGGGAGACAGAUAAUCGUAACAAUCUUGAAAAACUAUGGAAGAAAAUGAAAAAGAUACUUAAAAGAGGACUUUUGAAAAAUAGAGAACAAAAAAGAAUUUUAUGAAAAAAGAGAUUGUAAAAAAAAUCAGAGUUGAAAAAGAGAACAUGUUCUCUUUAAAAGAGAUGUUCUGGAAACCCUAGGUUACAAUCAAACAGCGUGGAAGUUCUCAAUAAUAUGCCGAACGGAAACGUCAAUGCAGAGUUGGUAAGCAUUAAUCCUAAUGAAAGUGAUAGCUUUGUUUCAAAGGUUUUAGGCAUGUAUUGGCAUCCAUCAUCUGAUCACUUCACAUACAAACUGGCUUACGAUGAGGUCUUGGAAGAAAUGCUUGUGAGGGUGCUGUAAUCACAAAACGUCAGAUGCUGAAAACAAUUAUGAAGAUUUUUGAUCCACUGGGAAUUGUUUCGUUGUUUAUUAUACGUGGACGAAUUUUACUCCAAGAAGUCUGGAGAGAAGGUUUCGAUUGGGACGAAGCAGUGUCUCCUCGUUUACGAAACCUUUUGCUGGAGUUUGUGACGGAAUUGAUACACAUCGAACGCCUCAAGAUAUCCCGUCGUUACGUUUCUUGGAAUCCAGAUGAUUCUCAGGUGAGCCUUGUAAUAUUUGUUGACGCUUCAGAAAAUGCUUUCGCCUCAGUGGCUUAUUUCCGUUUGGCCGCAACGAAGAGGUUGAACUUGCACUCGUCAUGGCAAAAGCGAAGGUGGCACCUGUAAAGCAAUUAUCUAUCCCUCGAUUGGAAUAACAAGCUGCAGUUUUGGGUACUCGUUUGGCCGUUAAAAUUAAAGAAUCCCACAGCAUACGUAUCGAUGAGACGCUGUUCUUUUCCGAUUCCAAGACUGUUCUUAGCUGGAUAAAUUGCACAAAAAAGUUGCCUGCUUUUGUCGCCACUAGAGUAGGUGAGAUCGUGGACACCACUUCUCCUCGUCAAUUGUUUCACAUCAGAUCUAACGACAAUGUUGCUGAUGAUGGCACCAAACGAUUCGAAACACCAAUGGGGAAUCAAGACACGAGAUGGUUCAAAGGUCCAGAUUUUCUGAAUCUUCCCUUUGAGAAGUGGCCCGUUGUACCGUUUAAAUCCAAGUCUCCGCUAGUCGACAUUGAAGAGAAAUCAGUGAAAACUUUACAUCACAUUCUUAAACCAUCAAGUUGUUAUGGCGCAUAUGACAUGCUCUCUUCAAGAUUUCAAGCUAAACGGAAUUUCUCCGUCAGAGCCAUCGCACUUUUGUUACGUUUUAAACACCUGCUUCAGAAGAAGACCAUCGCCAAGGAACGCUGUGUCACACCUGACGAGUUCCGAUUUGCAGAGAACUGGAUGUUCAGAAAAAUUCAGGAAGAAGCCUUCUUAAGUGAGCUUACUUCUUUGAGAACGAACGGCAAGGUGAGUGCUUCAAGUUCAAUUUUUUGU